AUGGCGCAACUCGCGCCCUUUCACCUCGCAAACUGGAUCGAAGGCAACAAAGACAAAGCAAAGUAUGUGCUGGGCGGGAGUGCCGCGCCGAGCAUCUCGCCCGACGACCUGCUCUCCCUGUCGACCGACCCCGCCGCGACGGAGCGGGCGCUGCAUUUCCGCUCCAUCAAGAUGAACAACGGGUCACGGCAGGGGGCGAAGGAGCUCCGCACGCAGAUUGCGAGCAUGUACAACGAGGACAUCUCGGCCGCGAACGUCGUCACCGCCACGGGCACCACGGGGGCCAAUUUAACCGUGUUCCAAAGCCUGCUGCGCGCGGGUGACCAUGUCGUCUGCCAGUAUCCGACGUAUCCGCAACUGUUGGGGUUGCCGGAGAGCUUUGGGUGUGAUAUCUCGUACUGGAAGCUCGACCCUGCCCGGGGAUGGCAGCCGAGUAUCGACGAGCUGCGCGGGCUGAUCAGGCCGGCCACGAAGAUGAUCAUCCUGAACAACCCCAGCAACCCGACGGGAGUGCACCUCGACGGGACACUUCAACGGCAGAUCCUGGAUGUCGCGCGCGACCACAAUCUCGUCGUUUUUGCAGACGAGAUCUUCCGGCCCUUGUUCCAUGGUCCACCGGGCGGCGCGUCUGCGUCUGUCCCGUCGCUAGUCGAGCACAACGGAUACAGCCGAGUUGUGGUGACCAGCUCCAUGAGUAAAGUAUGGGGCAUGUCCGGCGUGCGGAUCGGCUGGAUCGUGUCUCGCGACCGCGACAUUCUCGAUCUCGUCCUCAACACGCGCCAGUACACCGUCAUGUCGACGGGCGUGAUCGACGAAGUCGUCGCCACCGAGGUGCUGAGUCCCCGGUGCCGACCCCAGAUUUUACAGCGCCACCUCGACUACGCGCGGAAGAACCUGGCCUUGUUGGAGGCAUUCGUCAAGAAAAACAGCGACAUGUGUUCCUGGACACGGCCCACGGCCGGGGCGAUUGCUUUUGUCAAGUUCUCCCAUCCGCCGGCGGCGGAUGACGAUGUCGAGUUCUGCAGCCAGCUCCUCGCGGAGGACGGCGUGCUCGUCAGUCCCGGCAGUCUCUGCUUUAGCACGGACGGGCAACGCGAUUUCCCCGGCUACGUGCGCGUGCAUUUUACUGUCGCUCCGGAGUAUAUGGAAGAGGCUCUCGGGGUAGUCGAUGGGUUUCUGGCCAAGAGGCGGAAAGGAGGCACAGUGACAUCGCGGUUGUAG